UGUUCGUAGUUUUGUGAGAAGAGAAAUGUCCUGUCUCGGUUACCGUACCUUACGAAAGCGAAGGUUAGUUAGCUUGCGUGCUAGCUUUGCAAGCUGGAGUGCUGACAUUGAGAAAAACUACCACAACCUACGCUUGCUAUCGCUUUUAAAGUAAAAGGAUCUUCGUCAUGGUGUCUGGAAAGCGCAUAGCUGACAUUGGCUAUCGGGCUUUUUCUGCCUCGAUGAUGCUGCUGACGGUGUACGGAGGCUACCUGUGCGCUUUGCGAGGAUACCGCUACAUGCAGAGGCAAAAGCAACUGAAAUUGGCAGCAGAAAACCAGGAUCCUGAGGUCAUCAAAGACUGACGUCAGAUGAACUGCUCGUGUUUUUGCACAAAUGUGGACUUUUCCCAUAACUCCUGUCCUCUUCACCCGUCACCAAAUCAUGAAGAUGUUUAUUCUUCUCAGGACGUUUGUGUGAUUUGAUUGAGGAUAUUGUGCCGUCACAAGGAAGAUGUUUUGUUUCUAAAAAAUUCACCAAACAAAUCGCCCAAGAACGCAGUACUUACAUCAAUGGCCUGUGUAAAAUUCAUGUUGUGAGUUUCAGGGUUUCAGAAGUCAAGAUGACUGUAAUUGUAUGUUCUAUAUUAUAUUAAAUGCCUUAAACCUCA